UUGGGGAAGUUUCCGCGAAGCUCACUAUGAUGGGAGGAAAACCCACCGAACGCUCCUAUAACAUGGACUCAUUCCUCUGCAGAAUUUGCAUUAUCUCUUCGUCUUCUUUUUCCUCCUCACCUUCCUCAUUCAUAAUUUUCAACGCCGUUUUCAGUUGUCCUGUAAUUUCAUUUCAAGAUGAAACUGACAAAAUAUCAUCCAAGAAACCUAUUCAGAUCUAAAAAGAGUAAAUCAUCAUCAGUAUCAAGAACGGAUGAUCCAAGAUUUGGUUCAGGUUCAUCACUAGCUUCAUCGUCAUCAUCGACGAAUCUAAAAGAAGGUUCAUCUUCCGGUACUCCAACAAGCGUUCUUCCGGCAAACAGUCCAUUUCUCAUUCAAUCAAAAUCAGGUGUGGAAGAAGAAAUAUGGUCAGUAGAAACUCAUUUUGAAUUAGUUGAAGCAUUUAAGUUAAUUGAUAAAGAUGGUGAUGGAAAAAUCACCAGAUCUGAACUUGAAUCUGUUUUACAAAGAAUCGGCGGUGAACCGCCGAGUAGAGAUGAGGUAAUGAUUAUGUUUAGUGAGAUUGAUUCUGAUGGUGAUGGUUUUAUUACUCUAGAGGAAUUUAGUGCUAUUAGUUCAGCUUUUGAACCACCUGCUAGUGGUUCAUCUGAACUGCGUGAUGUGUUUGAUUACUUUGAUACUGAUAAGAAUGGUAAAAUCUCGGCUGAAGAAUUGUUAGGUGUUUUCAUGGCGAUUGGUGGUGAUGAACAACGAUUUACGUUAGAUGAAUGCAAAUCUAUGAUUAGUGGUGUUGAUUCUGAUGGUGAUGGUUUUGUUUGUUUUAAAGAUUUCUCAAAAAUGAUGGAAAGACAAAUAUGAAAACCAUCAUUUUGAUUGAGAAUUUGAGAACGUUUUUAUUUAUACAAUCGGUUUUUUAGAGGAAGAUCUUUGUCUUCUGUUAUUAGAUUUAGAUGAUAAUGAUGAUGAUCUGGUUCAUAUUAAUCAUAUAAAUGAAUGAAUCGGCUAAUAUUAAUGAAUCAUAUCAAAUUUUUAUUUCUUUAUUUUUCAGAGUCUCUUGAAGAUGUUAAUGUGAAUAAUUUUUUUUCUUCUUUUUCCCUUGUUGUUUUAGACUUUAUGGUGGGUGUGUAAUCGAUUUACUUCGGAAAUGAAAUUUAAGUAACGGUUUCUUAUCUAA